AUGAUGGAUUCUGAUCGAAUGUCAGAAAGGUAUUAAAAUAAUGGACACAACAACAAUAUUUUUCGUGAUACAGAAUAAAACUUCCUUCCACUUCAAGUUGUUGAUAAUUUUAAUAAAUAGUUAGCUGAGGUUAAGCAAGUACAUUUGCAAUUUUAUUAGGAACCAAUCGAAUAACAAGUUGUAGAUUAACCAAUUAAUUCAGAACUAUAAAGAGGGAAUAUGGCUUAAUUGGUAAUAUAUAUCAAUAUUUGUAGUUUACAGACAAGCCUCUAUGUUUACCUAUUGUUUAAAAAAAAUUGAGUAGUCUAGAUUAAGAAAAUGAUGAAGUUGACGAAAUUUCGUAGAAAAAGAAUCGAUAAAUGAGUUCAUAAAAUAUGGAAUCAGGUUCAGAUGGUAGAUCAAGUCAAAAUAAAUCAGGGCAACAAAGACAAUUUAGUAUGUGAUUUUGUAGUAUGUUUAUAGUGGCUAAAAAAACGAUAAGAAGAAUGAAUAGUAAAAUAAAGGCCAGACAAUCAGUGAUAUUGCCUAGAGCCUUAACUACAAGCAUUACCACUAGAAUUUCCCAUUUUGUUGAAAGUCUUCCUUUUUCAAUUUUAAUGGCAAUAGUCACUCUUUAUGCUUUAUUCGGAGAUGAUAUAAGAGUCCUAACUGUGAAUAAAGAUGGUGAUGACGCAUUCUUUGUUUUAACCAUAAUUUGUAUGGUUUGCUUUAUCUUAGAAAUUGUUUUUACGUGUGUUUGCAAACAUGAAUAUAUUUGCAAUGUAUAAUGACAUUUAUAACUAUAGUUUUACUUUUGGUUAGAUGUGAUAUCAACAGCAACCAUGUUUUUGGAUAUUGGAUGGAUAACUGAUGAAUGGUACUCCGGGGACGUAACAAAUGCUUCUUCGAUUAAAACAAUUGGUUCUGCCUCCAAAGUUGCAAGAAAGGCUGCAAGAGUCAUAAGAGUCAUAAGAUUAGUAAGACUGGUGAAAUUGUAUAAACAUGCGAGAUAAUAAAUAUAGAAGCAAUAAUAAAAGGCACUUCUAAGAUAGUUAUUAAGAUAGGCUCAAUUAUCUUAAGAGGAAAAGAUGAAAAAAUAAUAAUAAUAGUAAUAAAUGAUUUAAGAGUCUUAAUAGUAACAAUCAUAACUAUAAAUCUAAUAAAGGAUUCAUCAGUAAUCUUAAUAAUAUUUGUCUUAAUCUUAAAAUCCUCACUAACGUAUUAUUUAAUUAUUAUAUAUUAGCCAAUAAUGAGGAAGAAUAAGCAUUACAAAUUCAAAGCCAACAAAAUAUGAUAGGAAGUGGCAAAAUUAAGAACAACCAAUUAAAUUAAAGUCAAAUGAGUGGAAAUUCAGUUCCUCCAAAUCAACAAAUAUAAAAACCAAUUUCAAGUUAGGAUGGAAGUGAAGGAUCUAAUAAUCAAUUCAGUAAAUCUCCUGGCAAAUCAACUCCUGGAAAGUCUGGUUAACAAACUAAUUCCUAAGGGGAGAGUUCAAUGACUGGAGAGAUUGACUCAAAAGAAUCAAAUGUUGGUUAAUAAUUAUCAGAUCUAGUGAUGAGGAGAGUUAUCACUAUCAUUUUAGCAGUUUUGAUUAGUAUUCCGUUGAUCAGCUUUGACACCUAUUAAGAGAAAAUCAAUAGUUAUGAUUCAGGAAUCUUUAGAAUUUCAUAAUUUAAGGAUAAAUAAAAUGUGAAAGAGAUACUCAUUAAAUAAUAUGCUGAAUUCCAUUAAGGAUAAAUCUAUCCUAUACAAGCAGUACACAUUUUAGUUAAUGGUUCUUGGGUUAAUUAUAAUUACUAGAAAUACCCAGAUUAUUUUGAAUAUACAGCUUUAUCUCCAGAUCAAUACAGAUUUACAGAUCUUUAAUAUUACAUUCAGACUUCUUAAAAUGGAACACUAUUGGCCUAUUCUGCUGCAGAUCUGGUUUCUUAUAAUUAGACUAACUCAAUCCUAUCUAUAUUUUAAACCAUUUUUGUAUGUAUUGUUCUAGCUUUGAGUGCGUUACUCUUCAACAAAGACGUUGAGGAUUUAGUAAUUGAACCUAUUGAAACUAUGAUGAAGUAAAUAGAAUUGAUUGCAGCCAAUCCCUUAGAGGCAGUGAACAUUGAAGAAUAAGAAGAUUUAGUAAUUGAAGAACUAGAAAAAAGUCAAGAUCACAAAAAAUUAAAAGAAAAGGAAAUUGAGAGAACUAUGGAAACCUAUAUAUUAUAACGUUUAAUUAUGAAAGUAGGUGCCUUAUUGGCAGUAGGUUUUGGAGAAGCAGGAUCUGAAAUUAUAGCAGAAAAUAUCAAAAAGGGGGGUGGUGUUGAUCCUAUGAUCCCAGGAAAAAAGAUAAUGGCAAUCUUUGGAUUCUGCGAUAUCAGAAAUUUCACAGAUGCAACUGAGGUCUUACAAUAAGAAGUAAUGGUAUUUGUGAACGAAAUUGCAGAAAUUGUUCAUUCAGCUGUCAAUAGUUUUAGUGGGUCAGCUAAUAAAAACAUAGGAGAUGCUUUUCUUUUAGUUUGGAAAUAUGAUUAAUUUGAUUAUCAUCCUGAUCCAAGUAAUCCUUAAAAACUACUGUUAAGAGAUACUAAAUUAAUCAAAUAAAAAGGAGACAUGGCAGUUUUAGCUUUUCUCAAAAUUAUUACUUCAGUUUCAAUCUCCAAAAAAUUAGAAAAAUAUAAAAAACAUCCUGGUUUGAAUGCAAGAAUGAAGGACUAUUCGGUAAAAAUGGGAUUUGGUUUACAUAUGGGCUGGGGAAUUGAAGGAGCUAUAGGUUCAUCUUUCAAGAUUGAUGCUUCUUACUUAAGUCCAAAUGUAAAUAUGGCCUCCAGAUUAGAAGCAGCUACUAAAUAAUUUGGUUCAAUUAUAUUGAUUAGUGGUAUUUUUAGAGAACAUCUAACCGAAGCUUGUCAGAAAUAAUUACGACUCAUUGAUAUUGUUACUGUCAAAGGUAGCAUCGAACCUAUGAGUAAAAAUAAUUUCUAUAUCUAGAAAUUUACACCAUUGAUUUAUCUAUAAAAAGUUUAUUGAAAGGAAUCAAAGAACCUAUUGAUAAAUAUGACAUCAGUAAAUUAACAUAAAGGGAAGCCAAAAAAUAUCGAGUUGUCUAAAGAUACCAAAGAAAUCAAUUGAUCAAGAAAGUCGAAAAUGAUUAAAUUCAGGUUGCUGAUCUCUUUUAAUCAGAUUAAGAACUUGUUCUUGCAAGGGCUCCAUUUAAGCCAGAAUUCUAUGAAACUUGGGAUCAGGGAUUCUAAUUUUAUAUUAAUGGAUAAUGGGAGAAAGCUUUACCUAUCUUCACUAAGACUCUUGUAAUUAAUUGUAAUUAUGUUUCUCUAGUCUAUGAUACCUGAACAUAAAGAUGGACCUUCGAAUACUCUACUUGAAGUUCUACACUCUAAUGGAAACAAAGCACCUAAUUAUUGGAAAGGCUAUAGAGAACUGACAGAAAAAUGA